GCUGUGCUGUCUCACUCCCGGCGGUGCAUCCGCUCUGGGCGGGCGGGGGGCUGACCUUUGCACAACACCGGAGAGAGUUUAUAAGCUAGACCAAGGGAGACUACCAGUGUACAAUAUACAAAUCAUUCCAGCUCCAGCUCAUUUUCCUGCUCUGAACUAUGACUGAGGCAGAGCUUCACACGCUGUACAAGGGGGUCUACAUGCCUUCACAUCUGCACACUCCACAGAGCCUGAAAUACUACGAAGAGUUCACUUUUCGCCCAGAUGAUAUCAUCAUUGUAACGUAUCCCAAGUCAGGUACGACUUGGAUGCAGGAGAUUGUCCCUCUGAUAGUGAGUGGAGGAGAUCCAGCUUCUGUUGAGACUCUUCAUAACUGGGACCGUGUUCCCUGGCUGGAGCAGACUCGGGCCUGCAUCCUUAACCUUGAAGAGAGGCCGUCUCCACGACUGUUAACUACACAUUUCCAGUACAACAUGAUACCUCCAUCUUUCUUUGAAGUUAAGCCAAAGGUCAUCUAUGUGAUGAGGAAUCCCAAAGAUGUGUUUACGUCUUCCUUUCACUAUCGUGGGAUGGUAGCCUACCUGAUCAACCCAGGCCCACAGGGAGAGUUCCUCCACAAGUUCCUUGAUGGAAAAGUUAUGUUUGGCUCGUGGUUUGAUCAUGUAAAGAGCUGGCUGAAUACUGAAGAUAAAGAGUGCAUAAUGCACAUCUCCUAUGAAGAGAUGAUAAUGGACCUGAAGGACUCUGUGGCCAGAAUCGCUCAGUUCUUGCAGAAAUCUCUGGACACUGAGGUGAUAGAGAAGAUAGCGGACCGAUGUUUGUUCAAGAACAUGAAGCAGAACAACAUGUCCAACUACUCUGCUGUGCCUCUUGAAUUCAUGGACCAGACAAAGUCUGAAUUUCUCAGGAAGGGAAUUGCUGGAGACUGGAAAAACCAACUAACAGUGACAGAAGCUGAGUACUUUGAUGCUGUUUACAAAGACGAAAUGAAAGAUGUCGAUUACAAAUUUGUAUGGGAUUAAAAAAUGGAAAUACUUAAAGGUGCACUGUGUGGUAUUUGGCGGCAUCUAGCGGUGUGGUUGUGUAACCCACCCAAAAUCUUCAUCAACAUUAUCAUCAUAAUCAUAAUUAUCAUAAUGUGAUAUGUAGUUUAAUUUUACAAGCUCACUUGAAUUUAAGUUUGGAAGAAAAGUGUUGAAUUGAUUUAUGCGUUUUCUAUUUCACUGCCUAAUCAGACACAGAUAGACCAGGCUAAGCCACUUUGUUUUGCUUGAGUCAGUUUAGUUUAAAACUAUAUGUUACCGUACAAUCGUAGUGAAUACAAACGUUCAGAUUAGCCGCACCGCUCGUCUUGGAGAUAGUGUGUGUGUGUGUUGUCUUUCAAUGUAUGACAUUUAUGCUAACUGUUGUUGCUUACUAUUAGUUAAGAUUUUAUAGUUAUGUGGCCAGUGUUUAAUGAUUUUACCGUGGUUAAGUUUGACUUUUAGCUCACAUGUAUGAAGGUGUAAUUGAGUCUAGCCUGUUUGUAGCUAAGAGCUGCGCAGUGUGUUUUCUUUUUGAGGCAUGCUGUAGAGGGAGAAGACGACACGUUAGCUCUCUGUAAGAAAAGGAAGAUAAGAUCCAGACCUGGGGAUAUUACAAUGUGGUGUCUGAAAACUUGUAUCUGUUGAAAUAGCCCGGACAUUGAGAGAGGUGUCGUGGUGUGAAGGAGGAGAGGAGCUGUUCCACUCUACAUAGAUUCCUAAAGCCAGGAGCGACUGUGGCUGGUGGAUUGCAGAUCUGGACUCCAGGCCUGAGCAGGACUUGGCUUUCAUUCCUACUAUUACACCAGUAAGAUCUUUCCAUCAUUUGGGAUUGGAAAGACCACCUCUAAAAUGACUUUUGGACUAAACUAAAAUAAAGACUGUAGUUGUGCACAACUAAAUUAAGAGACUAAAGUUGCAGCAAAACUUAAACAUUUUCUGGCCAGAUUUUUUAUUUUAUUUUUAUAUUCAUUUGUUAUUAUUUUUCAUUCUGAGUUAAUGUGGGGGUUGAUUGUUGAAAUUUUCAAUAAUAUUGGUACAAAAAAA